GGAACAUGUGCAGAUCCGUCACCAUCACACAGUGUACACACAGCAGGCGUGCUCUCUGAUCACCCAUCAUCCUCAUCUUCUGUCCGUCCACAGAUAACAACCACUAUGGAUCUUUGAGGAAGGUUGCCGGUGAUAACUCAAAUAUACACGAACACUAAAAAGUAUUUAAUCAGAAUCCACUUUUUUGUCAAGAGUCAAGACAUUUAACUCGAGCCAAUACAGAAACUGUAUAAUAUCUUCAGAUGCCUAAGAACAGUAAGGUAGCUAAAAGAGAGCUGGAUGAUGAUGUUGUGGAUUCUGUUAAGGAUCUGCUGUCCAAUGAAGACUCAUGUGAAGAAAGCUUUAAGAAGAGUGAGCUGAUGGUCCAGGAUGAGUUGGACAAAGACAGAGAUAUUGAGGAUGGAUCUGAUAUUGAUGACGAAAGACCAGCCUGGAAUAGCAAAGUACAGUAUAUCCUUGCGCAAGUUGGCUUUUCCGUUGGCUUAGGAAAUGUGUGGAGAUUCCCAUAUUUAUGCCAGAAAAAUGGAGGAGGUGCAUAUCUGGUGCCAUAUUUAAUAUUAUUAAUAGUUAUUGGAAUUCCAGUCUUUUUUCUGGAGCUUUCUGUGGGGCAGAGAAUACGAAGAGGAAGCAUUGGAGUUUGGAAUUACAUUAGCCCAAAAAUGGGUGGAAUUGGAUUUUCAAGCUGUAUUGUCUGCUUGUUCGUGGCUCUGUACUACAAUGUCAUCAUAGGAUGGAGCCUGUUUUAUUUCUCACAGUCCUUCCAGCAUCCUCUGCCUUGGGACCAAUGCCCUUUGGUGAAAAAUGCCUCAUAUACCUAUAUCGAACCUGAAUGUGAGAAAAGUUCUGCAACUACAUAUUACUGGUACAGAGAAGCAUUAAAUAUUUCCAGCUCAAUCUCAGAAGGUGGAGGACUCAACUGGAGGAUGACUCUAUGCUUACUAGCUGCAUGGAUUAUGGUGUGCCUUGCCAUGAUCAAAGGCAUUCAGUCUUCAGGCAAAGUCAUGUAUUUCAGUUCUCUUUUUCCAUAUUUGGUUCUUACCUGUUUCCUUGUACGAGCUUUGCUCCUAAACGGUUCAAUUGAUGGCAUCCGACACAUGUUCACCCCAAAGCUUGAAAUAAUGCUAGAGCCUAAGGUCUGGAGAGAAGCAGCGACACAAGUGUUCUUUGCUCUGGGUUUAGGAUUUGGAGGAGUUAUUGCCUUUUCAAGCUACAACAAGCGAGACAACAAUUGCCACUUUGAUGCCGUCUUGGUGUCAUUUAUCAACUUCUUUACAUCAGUUUUGGCAACAUUGGUCGUGUUUGCUGUAUUGGGAUUCAAAGCAAACAUUAUGAAUGAGGGCUGCAUCUCUGAGAAUGCAGGGAAGAUUGUGAAACUUCUGCAAGCGGGCAAUCUCAGCCAUAGUGUCAUCCCGCAUCAUGUGAAUUUCUCCAGCAUUACAACACAGGAUUACCAGUUGGUGUAUGAUAUUAUUAAAAAGGUUAAAGAAGAAGAAUUUGAUGCGCUCGGAUUGGCAGCUUGCCAGAUAGAAGAUGAGCUUAACAAGUCUGUCCAGGGCACUGGCUUGGCUUUCAUUGCUUUUACUGAAGCCAUGACACAUUUCCCUGCAUCUCCUUUUUGGUCUGUGAUGUUUUUCCUCAUGUUGGUAAACCUGGGCCUUGGCAGCAUGUUUGGGACCAUUGAAGGAAUCACCACACCUAUAGUUGAUACAUUUAAAAUAAGGAAGGAACCACUUACUGUUGGAUGCUGCUUGAUGGCGUUCUGCAUUGGCUUACUCUUUGUGCAGAGAUCAGGAAAUUAUUUUGUUACUAUGUUUGAUGACUACUCUGCAACUUUACCGCUUCUUGUUGUGGUUAUUCUGGAGAAUGUUGCUGUCUCUUGGAUUUACGGGAUUGACAAAUUUAUGGAUGACCUAAAGGAUAUGCUUGGAUUCACUCCCUACAAAUACUACUAUUAUAUAUGGAAAUACGUCUCCCCUAUAAUGCUAGUUAUUUUGCUUAUAUCAAGUAUUGUCCAAAUGGGCAUCACUCCUCCUGGUUAUUAUGCAUGGAUUGCUGAAACGGCUACUGAAGAGCGUUUGAGUUAUCCAACCUGGGGACUUUUUGUAUGUGUGUUGCUUAUAGUACUUGCUUUACUUCCCGUUCCAUUGGUCUUCAUUGUCCGAUUCUUUAAUCUUAUUGAUGAUAGCAGUGGGAGCCUGGCUUCAGUUUCUUAUAAAAGAGGGCGUAUUAUAAAAGAAAUAUCCAACCCUGAAGAAGAUGAUGCCAGUCUGAUCCAUGAGAAGAUUCAAAGUGAAAUGCCAUCACCAAAUAUUGGAAAUAGCAUCUACAGGAAGCAAAAUGGAUCUCCAUCUCUGAAAGUAGAUACUGCCCCCAAUGGACGAUAUGGCAUUGGAUACCUAAUGGCAGAUAUGCCAGACAUGCCUGAAUCAGACUUGUAAAUGAAAUAACAAAAUGCAAAAUGUUUCCUUCUUGGCACUGUACACUAGCUCUUCUGAGGCGAAGAGGUUGGCUUUAAUGCUUGUGAAGCACUGAUAGCAGUAUAUUGUUCUCAGCACUGAGGACACAUAGUUUGAGAGGGAAAAGGGUAUUGUGGGUUGUUACCAAAAGGCAUGGGACUAUUGUGUUCUGGAUAUGGCUUUAGCCCUUAGCACUUUCUAGGACCUUAAGUACUGUAUGUGUCUUACCUCUCUGUGCCUAAUGUAUCCCAACAUCAAGUGACAAAUCAGUUACAAACAUCUGUCUUCUUUACAUGCAUAGAAAUGUCAUAAUACAAUGAACAAUAAGGGCAAUGAAUUGAAAAGUGUUUUACAUGCUAAUAAGUUGUGGGUCCCUAACUUCCCUUUAAGCCAUAUGAACGGUUGGUUGGUGGGCUUCAGUAUUAUCACGUAUUAAGGAUAUUUCUCAGUAUUUUAUUAGCAUGGAACCUUUUCUGCUGUCUUGGUCAGUUGAAGCUCAGGGCUAUCAAGCAACUGUUCCAUUUUAAUGUUCUUUAACAUGAAAGGUCCAUUUUAUGUGAUUUUAUUUGAGUUAAUUUCCAGAUUCUUUCUUCAGUGUUAAUUUCAUUUCAGAAUGUCAGGGUCACUCAGUGGUCAUAAAGUAAAGCAAUUUUGAAUGUUAUUUUUCAAGACCAAAAUUGGUAUUUUCAAUGGAAGCAUACGGCACAGGAAAGCCAAAUGCAUAGGUCUACAGCUCAUCAUGAAUGUAUUCUAUAUGGAGAAGCAUUAUUACAUUUAUUAGGAAUAUUUCAACAAAACAAAGCUAUUUGUGCCAAAAUGACUUAUAUGCCAACCUGUUCCAAAGCCACUUUGUGUAGAUAGGGUUCAUUACCAUUAAAAUAUGCCUGCUUACUAAUACUAACCUACAAGAAGUUAACUGAAGCACCUCAUUAACCAGUAAUAGAAAUCAAAUCCAGAAUAGACUUCUCUAUUUUUACAUGCAGGACAAAGGAUUUUAUAUUUUUAUGUAAACUUCAGUUCCUCGCAUAACGGUACCAUGCAAUAUUUAAUACAAUUUGCACAAUGACAAAGAUUGUACAAUUAUUAGGUGCAUAGAGUUCUUCUAAAGAUGCGAAAUGUUUCAUUGACCAAGUAAAACACUACUGCUUUUUGGUAUUAAUGGAAUGUUGGUCACUUUGGGUAGUACAGGAUCACUUAAACACGCACACUUGCAUAAGACACUCGCUGUCUAGUAUAUGGCACUUACUCUUAGAUCAAAUCUGGUCAAUUUCUGGAGAUGAAAUCACUGUUGAGUUGAUAAUGUUUUGUAAAAGUUCAUUCAAAUGUAUCUCAUUGAAAGUACCUAAACUGGCUCUGGUUAACUCUCUGGGCCCAUUUCUUCAUGAGACAGCCGCCUGACCCCAAUUUCACACAUUGUUUAACAUAGCCUAUUAAAGGAGCACAAUACAUUACAGGAGUUACUAACAGGCGAGUACUAGAGGCUGAGAGUGAUUGCACUCAAAAUCUAAAAAUCCCUGCUCCAGUAGGUUUGACACAUCUACUAAUGAAUGCUUAUCAACUCAUGUUGACCUCAAAUACUACUAAAGCUUAUAUAUGUAUUUAGAACUCAUUAUAUUUGGAUUGCAAUAUAAUGAAUACUUUAAAAUAUAUUAUGCUGACCUCUGUACAAGCAGAGUCUGCUUUAUUGUCCUUUAUGUAGCCAGUUUAUUAGGCUAUGUUCCCACUAGCAUGAAAGUAAAACACUACUGUAGUAAAUGACAUACUAAUGCACUAAAGCCUUUCAUACUCUCUCCAUUAAAGGGUUUCUGUCACCAGAAUUAACCCUAACUGUACUAUUUUUAUGGUUACGGAUG